AUGUCGAUGGAAAGUCAGAUUGCCUUAAAGAAGAGGGAGCUCGAAGCUCUGAAGCGAAUCACGUCGUUGACCGAUGAGAUGAAACAACAAUUGGAUGGAUUGGCCGGCCAAGUUCGUCAAAUGGAGAGUAAUGCUGAGACGGUAUCGGAGGUCAUGAGAAACUGGAAUUCAAUCAUGAGGUCUAUAUCGCAAGCAGGAUUGAGUCUUUUACAGUACGCCGAGGGUGACUACGAAGUUGGUGCCUGGGCUCCAGAGGCUAGGGAAAACGACGGCUCGCAGAGUAGAGAGCCUACGAGAACGACUCCGUUGCCGGAGACUUUGGUGAGGAUCAGGGUGGAUGAGACGGAGAAUUAG